CUCUCCACCUGCAAAUCUUUCAUCGUUCCCCCAAAACGCCAAGAAACCCCAAGAAUCCAAAUCAACUCGCCGCCACAAUGUACCGAGUCGCGAAAGCGUCGGAGUACCUGGCGAUCACCGGCGUCGGGAUCAAGGACAUCAAGCUCGCCAAGAAGUCAUGGAUCUUCCCCGGCCAAUCCUGCACCAAGUUCGACAUCUCCCCGGUCAACUACACCUUCGAGGUCCAGGCCAUGUCCGCCGAGAAGCUCCCCUUCAUCCUCCCAGCCGUCUUCACAAUCGGCCCGCGCUACGACGACGACGACGCCCUGCUCAAGUACGCGAAGCUGAUCUGCCCCCACGACAAGCACUCCCAGCACGUGAACCAGCUGGUGCAGGGCGUAAUCGAAGGCGAGACCCGCGUCCUCGCCGCCUCCAUGACCAUGGAGGAGAUCUUCAAGGGGACCAAGGAGUUCAAGCACGAGGUCUUCGGCAAGGUCCAGCUCGAGCUCAACCAGUUCGGCCUCUACAUCUACAACGCCAACGUCAAGCAGCUCGUCGACGUCCGCGGCCACGAGUACUUCUCUUACCUAGGUCAGAAGACGCAGAUGGAGGCCGCCAAUCAGGCCAAGGUCGACGUCGCCGAGGCCAGGAUGAAGGGGGAAAUUGGGGCUAAAGACCGCGACGGGCUCACGAAGCAGAACGCGGCCAAGAUCGACGCGGAGACGAAGAUUAUUGCGAUUCAGAGGGAGGGGGAAGGUAAGAAGGAGGAGAUCAAUGUGAAGGCCAAGGUCAAGAUCUACGAGAAUCUGAGGGAGGCAGAGGUCGCCGAGGCGAACGCCGAGUUGGCUCAGAAGAAGGCCGGUUGGACUCAGGCUUCCCGAGUCGCGGAGGUUGAAUCGGAGAAGGCGGUGGCGCUCCGCGACGCCGAGCUGCAGAGGGAAGUCGAGCGGAUGAACGCCCUCGCCACCACCGAAAAGCUCAAGGCCGAGCUCCUCACCAAAGCCAGCGUCGAGUACGACACCAAGGUACAAGAGGCGAAUUGGGACCUGUACAACAAGCAGAAGGCGGCGGAGGGAGUGCUGUACGGGAGAGAGAAGGAGGCGGAGGCGCAGAUGGCGGCGGCGAAGGCGGCGUUCUUCGCGCGGCAGCAGGCGGCGGACGCGGAGCUGUACGGGAAGCAGAAGGAGGCGGAAGGGAUGAUGGCGCUGGCCAAGGCGCAGGGGUUUUACGUGAAGACUCUGCUGGAGGCGCUGGGAGGGGACUACGGUUCGUUGAGGGAUUACCUGAUGAUCAACGGCGGCAUGUUUCAGCAGCUGGCGAAGAUCAAUGCGGACGCCGUCCGCGGGCUGCAGCCGAAGCUGAGCAUCUGGACCGGCGGGGAUGUCGCCGGCGGCGGAGGCGGGAAUGGGGAUGGGCUUGGUGGUGGGGCGAUGAAGGAGAUUGCCGGGGUGUACAAGAUGUUGCCGCCGUUGCUGCAGACUGUUGAGGACCAGACUGGGAUGACACCGCCGGCGUGGCUCGCUACUCUGCCGAAGAAUUGAAUUGGUUGACUAAUUAGUAAUUACUCUUGUGUUUUGUCGGUCUUUGUCGUUGAUUAGUGGGAAUAAACGGGUGUUUAAAGUUUGGUAUAGGGUAAUUGCUUGUAGAUUUGCACAGACUUUAAUGAAUCGUUAGUAUGGAAUAGUUGGUUUAAGUACAAUUAGCUGAGGGUAAUUAGUAAUAUGGGGGGUUUGACUUUCAAGUUUCUUAGUAAGUUGUUUAAUAUUGCAUAGACUUUCAAGUCUCAAGUCUUCUUCUCUUGGUGGAGUUUUUUUCUUUCCUCUGUUUUAUUUUGGUAAAGAGUUGGUUUUUUUUUCUUCUUUCCUUUGUUUUAGUUUAUCGUGUUCCACCCUUCUAAGCUACAGUUCAUCUUUAAUAUUUAGUUAGCUAUCAUAAAAAUUAGUAUGAUAGUCAAUUACUUUAUUGGUUCUAGGGAUAUUUGUUAAACCUCUCCUGGUGCUCGUGCGAUAAUACAAGUUUAAAUCAUUAACUAUGCUUGGUGCUUUCAUAUACAUAUUCAACUUGUAUUAUAACAUUAUUAAAACACAGUACAAAAUUCAGUUUGUAUCAUGUACGAAUUUAUACGAGAAUAUAUAGAUACAAACUCAACUUGAUCAUAAUGUUAAAUGAAUAAGUUUAGUUUGUACCAUGAAUAAUAGAAAGAAACUGAAUUUGUACUAUAACAUAACAUCAAAAUUAUAGAAAUAAUAUUAUUUUCUAAUAGUUAAUUAGUUUCUAGUAGUGUCCUUCUCUGGAAAUCCAUCUAUUUUGUCAUAACCAAACUUCAUAUCUCAUGCCAAACCCGAAUAGAAUGCUUGAGAGUUGAGACCAUAUAUCGCUUUUUUCACCUGAAUAAAAACUUUCUCUGCCUACCCUUGAGCUCGAUAACCUGGUGACCCGCGUAGUGGGAAAAGACAGAGAGAAGAGCGGAUUCUCUAGCAUCGGUUACUGAAUCAAUUUGCUAGCUUUAGCGGUUGAAUUUCUCUCCGAAAGAACGAAGUAGCUUGACCGAAGGAAUGAAGUGGCUUAUUUGAACACUAAACUUUUAGAUAUUUGCAUGUCAUCUAUCGGUUUUUUGUAUGAAUACUAUGUAUUCAAGUUUCUACAAUGACGACUUGAAUUAUGUGUACAAUUUUGUAUUAGUAUAGAACUGAUGUGUCUAGCUAUUACUUUAAAAAUCCUAAAACCAAAAAUAAUAGAAUCUAAUUUAUAAGAAAUUCCAACUAAAUAGGUGGAGUUCUCCAUUGUUCUCCAGCAGUAGCUGUCCAUGAUGACCUUUAUUCAUUUUGUUUUUUAGUUAAUUGAUGUUACAUAUAGUUUGAUUCACUUUUUUUCAUGUUUGCUUCGAUAACAACUCGUAAGAAAUUGGGUAUAUAUACUUAAUUUGCAGAGAUGACACCACUUAAGUUGUAUCCAUUAAAGGAUAAGACUGAGACAUUAUUUGACUCUAGAAGUGGAAAUUGGUUAGGUAAUAAUUAAUAUAAGUAGUAACAGAGAUAUAUAAUUUAAUUAGGAAAUGAGGAGUGCUUCCUCGAAUUUUCCUUUCGAUAAAUAUAGUAGUAGAGUGUUGCACCAUCUUUCCUUCCGUUACUGGAAUUAGGAUGAAGAUAAGACCUGCUCUGGGGAAGGUGCAAAACCCAAUCAAGUCUCCCCUCUUUAUUACACAGCAAAUUCUGUGUUGCUACUUCUGGCUAGGCUGUGCCUGUGAUAGAUUUACCAUUAUCCUUGAUAUUUUCUUUCGCGGAUAAACAUUGAAAACGCGAUAAUCUUCCUCUAUUCAAGUGUUUCAAUCAAGGUUGUCAAACCGGUUUAUGCCGGUGCGCCGGUUUUACAAGUGAAAUGGUUCUACCGUGGUACAACCGGUACGUGCGCCGGUUUAUGCCGGUUAAAAUUCCUCAAUACAAAUCUAAAUAACAU